AUGGACGAGAUGUCAUCCUGCUCCCUCGUGGUUGUGCGAGUCGAGGAAAAGAAAUUCGCGAUCGCUCUCGGAUAUACUCUGCAAAGCUCGGAGGAGGUUCUAACUAACAGAAAGGGACCCGCGAUCAAUGAGCAGGAGCAGGAGCAGGAGCAGCAGCAGCAGCAGCAGCAGCAGCAGCAGCAGCAGCAGCAGCAGCAGCAGCAGCAGCAGCAGCAGCAGCAGCAGCAGCAGCAGCAGCAGCAGCAGCAGCAGCAGCAGCAGCAGCAGCAGCAGCAGCAGCAGCAGCAGCAGCAGCAGCAGCAGCAGCAGCAGCAGCAGCAGCAGCAGCAGCAGCAGCAGCAGCAGCAGCAGCAGCAGCAGCAGCAGCAGGGGCAGCAGCAGCAGCAGCAGCAGCAGCAGCAGCAGCAGCAGGGGCAGGAGUAG